UGUGUCAUAUCAGUGACUUGUUGGGCGAUCAGCUGGCCGCAGACAGCUCCCAGUUCACUCUUAUUCCUGCUGUUUGAGGGUGCAAAUACAGCAUGGGCCUUUGUCGUUUGUGCCACGUGUGAAGCAGAAAGGGGCUAUGGAACAGCCUGGUCCUGUUACAGAUCCACAGGUGAUGGAAGGAGCACAGGUCCAAUUGGCGAUGGAGGGAUCUCAAUCUGUGGAUCAACUUCACAACAGUACAUAUCAUGUGAAAGAGGAGGAACAAAUAUCCCUGGACACUGAACAUGAGGCAGACAUAAGUAGUCGGGCUGAAGAGGAAUUACAGCUUGACAAUACAUUAAUCAAGACUGAAAAAGAUGUUGAGAUAGACAAAAAUGCAGUGAUAGAAGCUCAGACAUGCACUGAGGAGCAUGCUGAUGGGAGUGAUAUGGCCACUGAAACUGGUUGUGAUACCAUUGCAGUUUCCCUUUCUAGUGAGAGAUCUCCACUUUGUUUUUCAAAUGAUGCUGCUGCCAGUUUGGUACCUUCUGUCACACCUCAAGCUGUAGAAGAAUGUUCUCCUUCAGUUCUUGAAGGCACAAUUAACACAACAUUGAUUUUUGACGAUGCUCAAAACGGCAAUGAGCAGCCAUCAAUCUUGGUUACCAACUAUUCAUCAGAGCCAUCACCUGUUGAUUGUGGUGACUCAGCUGAGAGUCCUUCAUCUUCUAUCCAAAGCACUUCCAAAAAUUCAUCUAGAGAUUCUACAACGACCUCUGGGAUCUCUAAUGGCCUCUCCAGUCCAAACUCUGACACUGUCAGCUCCUCCCCUGCAUCCAGCCCACAAACCAGUGCCAAUCACCCCAUUCACUCACAUUCUUCUCCAAGCCCCUUUGACACUGAGUGCAGUCGAAAGCUGAUUUCCCAGAUCCAACGUUCCCUGUCCCAGGAGUCACUGUUGGAUGAGCUGGAGUCGGAGCUUUUGGCCUGUCAGCUUCCUGAAGGUGAAAGCGGAGUUGAGAGGAAAGGGAGCUCACCCAUCAAUGGACUUCCUACUGACCAGGACGGCUGCAUGGUAGUCUUUGAGAAGUGUGUGCAGUACAAAUAUACACAGCAAGAGAAAGCUAUUCAGAGGUUGCUUGAGGAGAACAAAAGGCAUCAGGAGUUGAUCCUGGGUAUCUGCUCAGAGAAAGACAACAUGAGGGAAGAGCUGAAGAAGAAGUCAGAAGCAGAAAAGCAACACACGACCAUCAUUAAAAAGCUGGAGGGAAGGGUGGAGGAGCUGCUGAAAGAAGUGAAGGAAUCAAGGGAUAAACUCAUCCAUCAGGAGCAGAUGGCUAAGGCUGCUCUCCAGCAGAUGCAGAGGGAGACAUCGUACCGGAUAGAACAGGUAAACAAGAAAUGUGAUGAGGCACGCCAAGAGAAGGAGGCCAUGGUGAUGAAAUAUGUGCGGGGCGAGAAAGAGGCGCUUGACCUGAGGCGGGACAAGGAGAGUUUGGAGAAAAAGCUGAGGGAAGCCGUCAAGGAGGUCGACCGGCAAGCCCUCAGAGGAAACCAGCUGGCUCAGGAGAAGGGACGGCUGCAACAGCUGUACGACUCCAAGGAAGGGGAGGUUGGCAGAUUGACACGAGAGGUGGAGAAGUUGAAGGAGGAAAUUAAUUCCCAUCUCAUCAAGGUCAAAUGGGCACAAAACAAGUUAAAGAGUGAAGCAGAUGCUCAUAAGGAAACGAAAGACAGAUUUAGAGAAACAUCAUCUAAGUUGGCUCAGGCCAAAGAGGAGACUGAACAGAUCCGCAAGAAUUGCCAGGACAUGAUCCGAACUUACCAGGAAUCAGAGGAGCUCAGGUCCAAUGAGCUGGAUGCUAAACUGAAAGAGACCAAAGGAGAGCUGGAGAAACAUAAGCAGGAGCAAACGGACCAGUUAGAGAUGCAUCAAGUAAAGGCCAAGGAGCUGGAGGACUUGAAGAGGAGUUACAAGGAGAGCAUCGAUGAGCUUGAUACUCUUCGCACCAAGUUGAAGUGUCUGGAGGAUGAACGUCCACGAUGGGAGGAUGAGCUGAGCAAAUACAGAGAGAUCAUAAACAGACAGAAAGCUGAGAUUGGUCGCCACAGAGAAAAGCUUGAAGAAGUCGCCACACUUCAGGAGCAGCAUCAACGCGACAAACAAGAGAUCACAUCUCUAAAUGAAGAAGUGGAUGCCCUGACCAGUCAAAUGGCCGACCUGCAGCGUGAUGUCCAGGGCAGCAGGGAGCGCGAGGCUGAGUUACUGGGCUUCACUGAGAAGCUGAGCAGCAAGAACGCCCAGCUCCAGUCAGAGAGCAACGCACUACAGUCUCAGCUUGAUCAGAUCAGCAACAGCUUUACAGAGCUCCAAGCAAAGCUGGAAGAGACCAUCAGACUACUGGAUGACAAGUCACGGCAACUGAAACAAGAAGAGGUGCUGAGGCAGCAGGAAGUGCAGGGCCUGCAGGAAGAGCGGACAGUGUUUCAAACAGAGGUUUCCCAACUAAAAACCAGGGUGGAGGAGCUGAGGGAUGAGCUGGUGACUCAGAAGAGGAAGCAAGUAGCUAAUAUAAAGGACCUCACGAAACAACUAACACAAGCGCGGAAGAAGCUGGAGCAGGUUGAGAAUGGAGGUUGUGACCGGGACGCCGGCAGCAUGGGCAGUCGCUCCAGCUCCUCAGGUACUCCUCUAAGAUUUGGUUCCCUGAAUGCACGCCACGGUGGGAGUAGUGGUAUUGAAGAGCGGUCGCCAGAGAGCCAAUCUGCUCCUUCAGGGAUGGUUGUGGACAGCUUCCCGGAGGUUGACAAGGCUGUGCUUGUGGAACGUAUUGUCCGCCUGCAAAAGGCCUUGGCACGGAAGCAGGAGAAGAUCGAGUUCAUGGAGGAUCAUAUCAAGCAGCUGGUGGAUGAGAUCCGUAAAAAGACAAAAAUUAUCCAGAGCUAUGUGCUCAGAGAAGAGUCAGGGGCCCUCUCAUCAGAGGCGUCAGAUAUUAACAAGGCCCACCUCAGCCGGCGGGGGGGCAUCAUGGCUUCGCUUUACACCUCCCACCCUGCGGAUAGCGGCCUGACCCUGGACCUGUCGCUGGAGAUUAACAGAAAGCUGCAGGCCGUGCUGGAGGACACACUGCUGAAGAACAUUACUCUGAAGGAGAAUCUGCAGACGCUGGGGUCUGAGAUUGAAAAGCUUAUCAAGCAGCAGAGGGACCCUGAAGACGGAGUCAGGAGAAAAUGACAUGAUCAUCUCACAGAAAAGAAGAAGCAAAAGACCAAGUACUACCUACAGAAUCUCCGGCAUUCACAAAUCUUGACACCGUAUGAAGGAGCGGCUGGUACGUUGUAAGUACCAGCGGGAUGCGAGGCCUCCAGAACUCUUCUGUCCACGUUGCUCCACCUCAAUACAGCAAAUCUUCCUUCGUUUGUGUUCGUCUCCCAUUGCCAAGAGAACUCUUUGGGCCAGUUUCCUCACACUUGAACUGCCUUGUAAAAUGUUGACUGAGGAUGGCAUUAUUGUGAAUGUUUAGCAAAUUCUGCCUACAAAGGAGUACAAAAAUGAAGAAAAACAUCCUAUAAGUACACUGAUAUUUCAUUGCCAGCAUAUUCUCUCCCACCGAUUGAACGUCCAUCUGCCAAUACGCCAAAAAAUGUAUUUUUGAAGGACUGCUUCUUCAGCUUGACUGCACACGACUCCGUGCUUGAAGCAAAAGUUAAAAAUGCAUCAGCUGAGCGUUGAGGGGACCUCGUUUGUCACCAGUACAUUUAUUUUGUUCUUUACUCUUUACAGCACUUAUAACUUGGUGAUGCAAGGUUCCCUCCAUCUGUGUGACACAGGUGCUAAACUACAGGGAUCAUGUUCCCUAUAGAGAACAGGAAAAUGCCAUCGGCGUUGAAGUGUCUCGAGUCGAGUUAAAUUUGAAGAAAAAAAAAAAAAGAUCAUACAAAGUUUGAAAUGUAGAGCAGGUCUUUGGCUUGGUCGAACUGAAUGUAAUUAUUUUUGUUUUAUUUCUCUUCAAGUGGGUUUAACAUUAAGUUUUUAUUUUUAGUAUGUCUGAUUAGUUUGAUUUUAUUGUUGUGAUGCUUUCUUUUGUGUUUUUGAUCUUAAUUUAAUUAGUACCUUGAACAUUUUUGUGUUCUCACUGAAAUCUGGCCUGAUUAAGUGUUCCUGUUUCAGACACUUUGUUAGUACCAAGUUAUCCUUAAGAGUGGUUCCUGGUAUUAUUUAUCAUUCCUGGUUUCAAACAGAGGGCACAGAGAUGCUUCGGGCUUCUAAAAGGCGUCUGCACUAUGUGCAAGAAAUGAUUUUGGGGGGAAGGACACGAAAAUGUUUAAGUAUUGCUGUUCACUCCUCCUUUAUUUUGACUUUUUGUAGCGUCACCGAGUCCAUAGAGAUAGAUUAAAGUGAAUUAAAAUCAAAGGGAGAGCAGGAGAUCCGUAGCUGUAGCUCAGGAAAGCCGCAGAAAUACAUUACAGGGACAAAGUGCAAUGCCGUUUCCGCCGUCCAUCUUUUUAUUUUAUUUUAGUUUUCUUUGUUCUGAAUGCAUCUGUGUGCCAGUAUACUGGGGUUUUUUUUUCUUUCCUUUUUUUAAUGCUUGUACCUGUGCAACAUGCAAAUGUGGUGACGUUAAAAUAUGUAAUAUUGUACGGCUGCAUGUGUGCCUUCCUAACUCGACAAAGUUUCGUGUUUUUACACGAUUUGCAUUUACAACUGUGAGUCAAUAACACCUGCUGCUCCGUACCGCUCAGCGAUACAUGGAAAUGCUUUUGUCCCUCACCGUCACAUACGAGUGCACACACUCCCAGUUUUCUUUAGC